AUGACCAGCAUCAUGAAGUAUGGCCAACGACUGCUCGGGGCGGAGCGGGGAGCGGGAGCACCGGCGGGGAGCGGGGAGCGGAGAGUGGAGAGCGGGAGCGGGGAGCGGGAGCACCGGCGGGGAGCGGGAGCGGGGAGCGGGGAGCGGGAGCACCGGCGGGGAGCGGGAGCGGGGAGCGGGAGCACCGGCGGGGAGCGGGAGCGGGGAGCGGGAGCACUGGCAGGGAGCGGGGAGCGGAGAGCGGGGAGUGGGAGCGGGAGCACCGGCGGGGAGCGGGAGCGGGAAGCGGGGAGUGGGGAGCGGGAGCACCGGCGGGGAGCGAGGAGCGGGGAGCGGGAGCACCGGCGGGGAGCGGGGAGCGGGAGCACCGGCGGGGAGCGGGAACGGGGAGCGGGGAGCGGGAGCACCGGCGGGGAGCGGGAGCAGGGAGCGGGAGCACCGGCGGGGAGCGGGGAGCGGGAGCACCGGCGGGGAGCGGGAGCGGGGAGCGGGGAGCGGGAGCACCGGCGGGGAGCGGGAGCGGGGAGUGGGAGCACCGGCGGGGAGCGGGGAGCGGGAGCACCGGCGGGGAAGCUUGGGGCUGCCGACCGGCCGGCCGCUUGA